AACACCGUCGGACGAGUGUAUUAAGCGUAAUACAUGUUGAGGUAGAAUUGUGUUGUGUGCAUUAUUUAUGAUAAUAUUGAUUCACUCCGUCGGUUUAAGAAUUUAGGUAGACGGAAAUAUUUAUGUGUGCGUGUUUAUUACAGACUCACUAUCAUGGAAGAAAGCAAUGCAAUACAUUGCGUUCCGUGCAUGUGUAAUAACGAGUCAAACUCAGCAGAGGGAUUCUGUAUUGAAUGUACAGAAUAUUUAUGCUCAAACUGCUGUCGGGACCAUAUGAAAAACAAAAUCACGAGGCAACACGUUAUUGUGAAACAACCGGACCUGCCAACUAAUAUUGAACCUUAUACGGUUAUGAAGAAAUUAGCACAGUGCGAAAUGCAUCCAGAUAACUUAUAUGAGUUCAAGUGCGCCGACCAUGAACAGCUUAUCUGCAGUAGAUGUCUCUCAAGAUAUCAUAGGACAUGUCAAGGGAUCGAGGAUCUUUGUGAAAGUGCAAAUGUGACGGACAAGUUGUCGGGUGAAACAGAGACAUUGCAAAACCUUUUAUGUUUUUCACAUGAACUGAUACUUACAUUUGAAGAGCGAGGUUCUGAACUAGUGAAAAACAACAACGAAAUAGUACAAGCUUGUAAUGAGUUAGCGGAAUCAAUCAAAAACGAAGUUAACACAAUUAACGAAGACACUAAGGCACACUUUGCCGAUAUUAUAGAGAAGGAAACAACGGAGGAAUACAUUAAUCUUCGCAGACUUAAGGAUAUUUCAGAAAUAAUAGUCACGAAAAAUGAAGAAUUGCUUGAAGUGGCUAAAUCGUAUGGCCGUCAACACGAAAAAGCAGCAACAAUAAAAUAUUCGAGAGAAGAAAUUCAAAAUGUUCAACAACAUAUUAAGACAGAGAGUGUUCAUGUUGUGAAAGGAAAUUGUAUUUCUGUGGACGCUGCAUUGCUGAGUUUGGAGUCGCGUUUGAAAAUGACAUCGAAUUGUUCCGACGAUCUGAAUAUAUUUAUCAGGGAUGUAAAUAGGACUGAUAAUGGACAUAUUCAACCAACAAACACUAGUUCGUUAUCAGGUAGGGAAUGCACUGAUAAAUUAAGCAGUCAGGCCGUUUCAACUGUAUGUAACCGUCAGUCUGUUUUGACCUUGGACUUAAAACACUCAUGCGUAAUGCCAAAACUGGUAACAGACAGUUCAUUUAUCGAGAAGAUCAGUGACAGUGAAGAUAGUUACGAGGAAAGGUCUUCACAGACAGAAACAGCGUGCUCAGUUGAUGUUGACACGGGCGACCUUAAACCUUUCAUGAUGAGAAGUGUUGGGACACAUACAGGGUUCUGUAUGAAAAUCUCAUCUGAUACAACACAGUGCUCACUCAAGGCUUUAGCCUUGUUACCAAGCCGUGGAAUUGUUCUUCUUGAUGUUGCAAACAAGAAAAUAAAGAUAGCAUCCCUUGAUCUGAAGGUUAUUUCUAACAUGAAGUUGUUUGACUACCCUUCGGACAUGUGUAUUAUUAUCAAACAAGUUGACUUAGUUUGGAUGUGUGUUUCGUUUCCAAAGGCAAAGGAAGUUAGAAUAUUUAAAAUUAAAGACGAUGUGCAUAUUAAUCAUAUAUUCACUGUACAGACAAGGUUUUACCCUGUAAGUUUAGCAGGUUUCAAGAACGAUGUGAUAGUUCUGUCGAGGAAUAAUCUUGAUGAGAAAUCUACAAUAAUGCAGAUGGAACAAUUCAGUGCUCCGGGCAAACCAAGCACGGUUUUGAUCAAUGUCGACGAUAUGAACGACGCAAGUCGCAUAAGGCCCGGCAUAAAUUUUUCGCUUUUAAUGUUAAGGGGCAGACACGUGUCUUGUAUUAAAAUGCAUAAUGCCAAAGGAAAUAUUAAACUAGGCAUAGAACAGUGGUAUUAUAAAUGUCAUAUGAAUAGGGUAUUUAAAGAUGUAACUGAUGUUACAAUAGAUAAAGAGGGAAACAAAUAUAUAUGUGCAAAGGAUUCAAACAGCGUUCAUCAAGUUUCUUACAGCUGUUUUUCUAAAAAUCGAAUUAUAAUAGACAGCAUCAAUACACCUACGUGCAUAGUGGUUGACAGCAACGGGGAUAGAAUUAUUCUGGGUUAUGAAAAGGACGAUAAUCUAUAUGAAUAUCCGUUUGUUUAAAACGUGUGUACAUCUGCCUCUUUUAAUUAAGGCUCACCUCGUCAUGCGUUGUAAUGGUUGCUUGCAUCAAAUAUCAAUCUUUCAUUUUUUAACAUGGUCUUUAUGCUAAAUUAAUUAAGUUAUAAUUUGUAUUGUAUAAAAAAUAUUCUUUAAACGAUAAGACAAUGUGUUGAAAUAUUGGCUUUUAAAUAUGAAGCAUGUUUAUUUAAACACAUUUAAUGUUCAGUAGUAUUACUAUGAAUGUACUUAAUGUUAGUUUAUGUGAACAAAAGCAACAUAAUGCGCUUGGAAAUGUGUCAUUUUCGCUAAUCCAAGAAAAGAUUCCAGUGUAAAGAUGGUCAUUGAAUGUAGCGUUUAAUCUUAUGUGAUCAUUAAGAAAAAGUUCAAAAACCUACUUCGUUAACAUUUAUUUAUUAUACCAAACAUUAGACGCAGUUUUAAACGCAAAGCUCAAUACAAUCAGUUUUGCCAACGACUCCGCAAUUUUACUACUUUAAAUAAUAAAAUUGGGUUAAUAGAAGUUUAUUAAUACUUGUAUUUCAUAGUUUCAUGAUUGUGACAAUAAAUAAAUAUGCAGCAUGA